UACAUAGUGUUUUCAAUUUUAAUUAAAUAAUGCAGUUAUCCACUAACUGCCUACACUUAGUGCCCCAACAACAAUAAAAUGCUGUCCCUCAACUUUAUGUCAUUUAAAAUUUUAAACUAAAUUAAAUUAAAAAAAAAAGCUUUCUUUUUAUAUAGUAGAAUUAAAUUCCAGUAAUUAUCCCUAAACCUUUAAUUUUUUAAUUAUAAUAAUACAAUUAAAGUAGUGCAUAUAUGCACUAUUAUUUCUAUUUGAGCAGCCAAAAAAGUUAAGUACUCUCUUCUGCCUUUGAGACAAAGAAAAAAGAAAAGUCUGUGUGUUGAUGAAGAAGAACAAAAUGGGCUUCAUUCUUUUCAAGAAAAUCAGCCUUCUUUUCCUCCUCGUUUCUGCGAUUCUCGUUUCGACUUCAUUUGCAGGUAUACGUUUGAAUUUUGAUUUAUUACGUUUUUUCAUUUUUUUUAUCUUACUAAAUCACCGUCGGUUAAUAUGGCAUACAUGCCGAGUGCAGAAAUCAAUGGUGUCGAAAGAAGUUAGUACAACUCAUGAGGUAAGAGAAUCGUGGGAGCCAUUACGCAGUGGAAUUCACGAAAGGGUUCUAAAAGUAAAAACGAACGAUUAUGGAAGUUACGAUCCAGCCCCUGCAUUCGUCAAGCCUCCUUUCAAACUCAUUCCGAAUUGAGCGUGAUCGAUCUACUUAAUUGGGGUGGCACAAUAUAUCUAAAUAUUCACAAAUAAUUUGUGGAAAAAAAAUGUAGUAAUAUAAUUUUUAUAUAUGUAUGUAUAAUAGUGUUGAGUUUUAUUAUGUUAAUUAGGGUUUUAUACAAGCCCUAUAUAUAUAGAGGAUCCUACUAUAUGUGAAAUAUCAACUAUAUAUGUGUUUAUGUAUGAAUAUGCAUGACAAUUUUAUACGGUACGUUAUAUAUUGUAUCGUACAAUGUUCGUAAGCUAUAUUAUUGUUUAAAAAUCAAAAAAAUUAUCGAAUCCC